AUGGUCCUCUUUACUUUCUUCAACAAUCUUCAGGCUGCUGCUGAUGCCAUUGAUAUAGACGCAGAUUCUAAUGCAGAGACAUUGUCGGCCCAAAACAUCCCUCCCAUCAAAAGCUCAGUACCCCCAUCAACGAACAUCGUUAAACCAAAGGUGGAGAGUUAUAUUAGAGCCGAAAAAGGACUUCAUAGGUCAAAGUUUUCUAAUGUUGCAAGCACAGCUACACCGGCGCCGAAACCGACAAUCAACUCACAGGGUGAAACCUCUACUUCCACCGCUAGCAUGCCAAGUUCACUGGCCAAAAGUCCAGGAAUACAGGCCACAACUACAGGAGCACAGACAAUUGAUUUGACUGAGAUCGACGACAGCCCUCAGAAACAGCAUAAACCUGGCCCUACCACUCACACCAACACGCACACCAACACACAUGCGCAUACGCAAACCAAUACUACAAAGAAUAAGAAUGCACAUUACCCGCAUCCUGUGUUUGGAGAUGACGGUGUUGAGAGUGGGGAAGGGCCGGCACCGAUACACAAGAGACUGAAUGUGGCGGAGGCAAACAAAAGUACCGGAAGUUAUAUGGGACAGACUGGUGUAACAGGUGCGCUGGACCCUAUGGGCGAAGAUGACAUAGAUGAAGACGAGCCAAUGAGAACGACGGGAAUUAACAAGGCACCAAUGGGAAUUAGCAACGAGUCGGUGAUCGAACGUUCGGAGGAUAGUGGCAGUGGGAGUGAGGGGGCGAGUGAUGAUGAAGAGGUUGACACAGGUAUGGCUGUGGAUGGGACAGAUAGCGAGAACGAAGCUCUCUUGGAUCAGACUGACAGGCAGCCCUCCCAGGGAAUAGAAAGGUAG